AUGUUGCAGUUCCCUUUGUUCAGUUUUAUUCUAUAUAAUUUGGUGCAAUAUAAGGUGCAGGAUGUGGCUGUUUUUCAUUGCUGGAAUUCAAAGACAUUGGAACCUCUGCCCCAUGUUUUAUCCAGAGGACCAAUUUAUGCUCAGUAUAUAAAUCUGGACAGCUCGCAGGCUAUAGACAAUUUUCAUAAAAGAUAUUUAGAUGACAAAAUUACGAAGCUAGGGGUCUUCUUGGAUUUAGGCUGCGAAAACGCUGACUAUAUAACAAACCAUUCCAGCAGCGCUCGCCUCUUUACUCAUCAUUUUCACUGGUUGCUAUACGACGAGCUUGGCGAUUUGGCACAACUUAGCGAACUCCUUGGGCGGGCAAAUCUCGGCAUAAAUGCGGAUGUCACUUUCGUAAAACUAGAGCAGCAAGAGAAGGAGUUCACCUUUUACACACUAUACGAUGUGUACAAUCCAGGCAGUCAUUUGGGAGGACGUCUGAACAUAACCAUAGAUCAGACAGUGAAAUGUAAUCGCAGUGAAUGCGAAGUGGCGAUUUAUCGCAGUGAUUUAUAUAAACGCGCUCGACUGCAGCAGAGAAUGGACUUAAGCGGUGUUAGCAUACGACUGUCUGCAUUGGUGACGGAGCUGCCGUUAAACUCAAGCGAUCAAGCAUUGUUAGGCUUUCUAAGUGGUGAGCAGUCCCCUCAUUUGGAUUGGGUGUCCCGUCUGGGCUAUCAUGUGCUCGUGCACAUUCAAGAGGUGCUCCAUUUUAACAUUACAUACAUUUGGAGCGAUACGUGGAGCGUCAAUGACUAUAUUGGAGGAUCCAUUGGCGCUCUGGUCAAUGAACAAGUCGAUUUUAUCACCUCACCUUUUGUGCUUUCAUCCAAUCGACUGACCUAUAUUAGACCACUUGCCGAUCUUAGUCAGUUCCGGUCGAUUUGUAUUUUCCGCACCCCUCACAAUGCCGGCAUCCAGGCCACUCUUUUCCUUUCGCCGUUCAGGCCUACCGUCUGGUUUGUAUUUGGCGGGCUACUUUUGCUGGCUGGUAUACUAUUAUGGCUUAUUUUCCACAUGGAGGCACGCUGGCUGCAGCGCUGCCUGAACUUUGUACCUUCAUUAUUGACUAGCUGUUUAAUUAGCUUUGGUGCUGCCUGCAUUCAGGGCUCUCAUUUAAUACCACGCUCUACGGGCGGCCGUUUGGCUUUCAUAGCCUUGAUGUUUACUUCAUUCCUAAUGUAUAACUAUUACACUUCGAUUGUGGUAUCCACACUUCUGGGAUCUCCGGUGCGUUCCAACAUCAAGUCUAUACAGCAGUUAGCUGAUAGCUCCCUAGAUGUUGGCUAUGAGCCCAUAGCCUACAACAAAGUUUAUUUAAAGUCCACCCCGCGUGCCGAUAUUCAAAGCUUGGUCAAACAGAAAUUUAACACAAAGCAGCACGAUCUAUCGAGCAUUGAACUUAUACCCGUGGAUGGCGUCUUGAGGGUGCGGGAUCAGCCAGGAUUUGUAUUCAUUUCAGAAGUUUCGACUAUUUAUUAUUUUAUGGAAAAGUUUUAUUUACCCCAUGAGAUAUGCGAACUAAAUGAAAUAUCAUUUCGUUCAGAGACCACGCUUUAUAGCAUCAUACACAUAAAUUCCACAUACAGAGAACUCCUUAAGCAAGUGCAGGUGCGCAUGCUCGAGAGUGGAAUCAUAAUAAAACAUCGUCGCUACUAUACAAAGUCAAAGCUGCAUUGUCUGUCCAGCAAUUAUGUCAUCAAUGUCGGCAUGGAAUAUGCUGCCCCACUCUUUAUAGCGCUUUUACUUGCUUACUUUCUGGCGCUGAUGGUACUGCUCCUGGAACUUGCCUGGAACAAUUACAGGAAGAAAAAGCUAUCCAUAUUAGGUUCAGAAAGCAGCACUAGCUUUAUUCUCAACGAUCUCUACAACAAGGGCGUUCACUUAGGGGCCAAACUGAACAUUACCAGGGACCAAGAAAUAGCUUGUAAUGAGACCAAAUGUCAUCUAAAACGCUAUUUAAGUGACUUGUAUAAGCGUAGUCGCUUUCAGCAAAGAAAAUGGCUCACAGGACUAACGUUACGAAUGACUGCUGUGGUCAGCACCUUACCACUUAAUACUACACCCGAAGCUGAAAUCAUUGAAUUUUUAGAAAGCAUAUCUGAUAUACACAUCGACAGCUUCGCCCGCUUUGGUUAUCAAUCGCGCCAGGCGUUGAAGGAUAUGUUGGGAUGCCACUUUGCGUAUAUCUUUCGGGAUCGUUGGACCAGUGCUGAAAUUACAGGCGGCCUCAUUGGCGACUUGCUAAAUGAAACAGCGGACAUCUCCGUAUCUCCUUUUAUAUACACAAGUGCACGCGCCCCUUAUUUCCGUGCCCUGACCCAAUUCUCUACAUUUCGAUCCAUUGGCAUGUUUCUGAAUGCUCCCAGUGGCAAAUUGCGCUCCACGGAGUUUUUGCAGCCGUUCAGUCCCUCCGUAUGGCUCAUGUUUGGAGCUCUCUUAUUCGUGGCCGGCGUUCUGCUUUGGAUUACCUUUCGUCUGGAACGGCAGUGUUCUUUUAACAUAUCGCUGCUGACCAGUUGCCUGAUUUCCUUCGGGGUUGCGUGCAUACAAGGCGCUUGGCUGAUGCCUCGCUCUACAGGCGGACGCAUGGCUUUCUAUUUCCUGAUGCUAACAUCCUUCAUGAUGUACAACUACUACACGUCUAUUGUGGUUUCCACGCUCCUGGGCAAGCCGGCACACUCGAACAUACGAACUGUUCAACAACUGGCAGAUAGCGCGCUUGAUGUCAGCAUCGAAACCACACCCUACGUUUGGGGCUAUGUUCAGACCUCUGGAAGGCCCGACAUACGCAGCCUGUACCAUAACAAGGUUGUCAAAAGCAAUCGUCCAUUGGAGGACAUCUUGAUGGCAGGCGAAGAGGGAGUCUUAAAGGUGCGCAACUAUCCUGGACAUGUGUUUCUGGCUGAGGCCACAACGGCCUAUGAAUUUGUACGCAAGCACUUCAUGCCACACCAGAUUUGUGCAUUGAAUGAAAUACUCUUGAGAGCCGAGACUGCAACUCAUACCCUGGUGAACAAGCGUUCCCCAUACGUAGAGCUAUUUAAGUUAAGUGAACUGCGAAUGAUGGAAACGGGUGUCCAGAUGAAGCACGAACGUUACUGGCGCAGAAUCAAGCUUCAUUGCUAUCAGAGCAAUGUCACGGUCGAUGUGGGUCUGGACUAUGCUGCGCCAUUGUUCCUUAUAUUGCUCUGCGCCUACAUUUUCUGCAUGUCGAAUAAAAGUGUUAAAGUCUAUAUGAUGCCAGCACUACAAUUGGCCAACUUUUUGCUCUACAACCUGCUGCAGUCACGCUUAAGUUUCAUCAUUUUGUUUCACUGCUGGCCAGCGAAUGAAACUUCACUGUUUGUACACCAAAUAAACAAACAACAGCCCCUCUAUAUGCAGUUUGUUUCACUUAAUGGCGACACGAGAGAUUGGUCCGAUUUGGAGUAUCGCUUCUUUAUACAUUUGGAGCCAACCCUGGCGGUUUAUCUCGACAUGAACUGUAAUCAGUCUAAGGCAGUAUUGGAACAGAGUAGCCAGGAUCAGCUCUACAACCAGCACUACCACUGGCUGUUGCACGGCAACUCGACAACUUUUGAAUUCUACAAAUACUUUGCGCCCUUCAAUAUAUCCGUGGAUGCUGAUGUGACUUACGUUCAAGAGAGAGCCUCCUUGAACAACAAUAUCACCUACACGCUCUACGAUGUCUACAACAAUGGCAAGCUCAUAGGUGGCCAGCUUAAUGUGACAGCAGACAGGGAUCUGGUUUGCAAUGUUGCCGAUUGUGAUACCGUCCGGUACCUGAGCUCGUUGCACCAGCGUUCCAAAUAUGCCAAUCGAAACAUGCUGCCCGAUGUCUUGUUUCGCGUGUCCACGGUGGUGACCAAACGACCUCACACAUGGCCAGCUGUCAAAUUGAUAGAGUUUCUGAACCAGAACAACGACACCCACAUUGAUGGCAUAGCGCGUUUCGGCUUUCACAUCCUGCUCAUACUAAGGGAUAUGCUGAAUUGCGAAAUGAAUUUUAUCUUCACGGAUCGUUGGAGUACGGAUGAUGUCACCGGCGGAACGGUGGGCGCUGUGAUUAGUAAAGAGGCGGAGAUAGGUUCCUCACCCUCGCUGGCCACGGAAGGACGUUUGCGUUAUUUGUCCGCCAUCAUUGAAACUGGCUACUUUCGUUCCGUUUGCAUGUUUCGGACACCACAUAAUGCCGGAAUACGUGGCGAUGUUUUCCUGCAACCGUUCAGUACGCUCGUUUGGUUUAUCUUCGCCGGAGUGUUGCUUAUGACGGGUCUACUACUAUGGUUCACAUUCAACAUGGAAUACAAGUGGCUUAGCCAGAAGCUCGCCUUUGUCCCAUCACUGUUGAGCACAAUGCUAAUUGCCUUUGGUGCUGCCUGCAUACAGAGCUCGGCCCUAAUACCACGCUCUUCGGGAGGACGCCUGGCCUUUUUUUCACUAUUUUUGAUCAGCUUCAUCAUGUAUAACUACUACACCUCAGUCGUAGUGUCAUCGCUGCUCAGUUCGCCGGUCAAAUCGAAGAUAAAGACUUUAAAACAAUUGGCCGAGAGCGGGCUGCCCGUGGGCUUGGAGCCGUUGUCGUUUACCAAGAGCUAUUUGAACUACUCAAAGCUCCCGGAAGUUCAUCUCUUUCGGAAACGCAAAAUCGAAACACAGACGAAAAACAAUCAGCUCUGGCUACCUGCCGAAGAAGGAAUUUUGCGUGUACGGGAUAAUCCUGGCUAUGUGUUCGUCUUUGAGUCGUCUUCGGGCUAUGCCUAUGUGGAGCGGCACUACGAGCCUCAGGAGAUUUGCGAUCUCAAUGAAGUUUUAUUCCGGCCGGAGCAAUUACUUUACACGCACCUGCAUCGCAACUCCACCUACAAGGAGUUGGUGCGGCUCAAACUGCUGCGCGUGCUCGAAACUGGCGUCUACCGCAAGCAACGCAACUAUUGGGUGCAUACGCAACUUCAUUGCUUCGCCCAGAACUUCGUCAUUAAAGUGGGUAUGGAGUAUGUGGCGCCCCUGUUCUUCAUGCUGCUCUGUGCCUACAUGGUGGCUCUUUUGCUGCUGCUACUGGAAAAAGGCUAUCAUCGUUACAUGACGCGCCACUCGUCGACUUAA